AUGCACUGUGUGAACAGAGGAGGCUCCUACGUGGUGAACUCCUACAGUGAUCUUCAGGAGGACAAUCAGUGGAAGAAGGAGAGCUACCACGCCUGCUGGAUGGAUCUGGUCCUCGAAACAAGACCUCAGUACAGGCUGACUCUGUCAGAGACCGACAUCCUUCGCAGACAGAGCUACAAGCAGCAGCAGGUGGUCCACUUCAUGGUCCUCAGGAGCCCCAGGCAGACUCUGACGUUGGGCAGAGAGAGGGGGGUCCUGACGGAGCACCAGCUCCCCUCUUCCAGCCGGGGGCCACAACGGGCCACAGCUGUCUGCACUGAAGAGUCCAGGGUUCUGAGGAGAACCUCUGAAGCAGACAGACAGGAAGUAGACGUGACACGAAGCCUCUAUAAACCAAUCGGAGUGAACUUCAGAGCUGUGGGUCUGAUGGUCCCUACGAGGGAAGACCCCCACCAGGUUCCAAAGAGGGAGUGA